GCCCUCCCUGUUUUUUCAAACCGGGGCUGGGCGGGGAUUGGUGGGCUGGGCCCUCACGUGGUUAACGGUCGCGGGAAGCCGCGGAACCCGAACUUGCGGACGAACUUGCGGAGCCUUUCGCCAGCACUGGACCGGCCAGUCUCCGCUGGACAUACCGCGCCGCAGCCGUCGCCGUCGCCCCGUCGGGAGCUUGACGGACCUCGGAGUGGCCGCCGCGCAGGCCCGCUGCAGCCUCUGCCCGGCGCGCCCGAUCGCACGUGGCGGACCCGCCCCCUGUGCCAGCCGCGACCUGGACGCCGCCGGCCUGUGCUCGCCGGUCCUGUGUUCUCCGGUGCUCCGCCGUGACUGCAGCCGGGAAAUGAGCUUCCUGAGCCGACAGCAGCCGCCGCCCACCCGCCGCGUCGCAGCCGCUUGCAGUCUGCGGCAGAAGCUCAUCUUCUCGCCGGGCAGCGACUGUGAGGAAGAGGAGGAGGAGGAGGAGGAAGGCAGCGGCCACAGUACCGGGGAGGACUCGGCCUUCCAGGAACCCGAUUCGCCCCUGCUGCCUUCUGCACGCAGCCCUGCCGAGGCCGAGGCCGAGCGCCGCCGUCGCUCGCCCGGCGCGGAGCCCAGCAGCCCGGGAGAGCUGGAGGACGACUUGCUGCUGCAGGGCGGCGGCGGAGGCGCGCAGGCGGCGGGUGGAGGCGCCGAGGGCGACUCUUGGGAGGAGGAGGGUUUCGGCUCCUCGUCGCCCGUCAAAUCACCUUCGACCGCCUACUUUCUGGGCAGCUCGUUCUCGCCGGUGCGCUGCGGCGGCCCGGGGGAUGCCUCCCCGCGGGGUUGCGGGGCUCCGCGGGCCAUGGACGACCCCUGUUCGCCGCAGCCCGACUUCCCGAGCACCCCUCCGCACAAGACCUUCCGCAAGCUGCGCCUGUUCGACACGCCGCACACUCCCAAGAGUUUGCUUUCCAAAGCUCGAGUUAUUGAUUCCAGCUCUGUUAAACUCCGGGGUAGUUCUCUAUUCAUGGACACAGAAAAGUCAGGAAAAAGAGAAUUCGACACACGGCAAACUCCUCAAGUGAAUAUUAACCCCUUUACUCCGGAUCCUGUAUUGCUCCACUCCUCAGGACGGUGUCGUGGGAGAAAGAGAGCGUAUUUUAAUGAUUCCUCUGAAGACAUGGAAGCCAGUGAUUAUGAGUUUGAAGAUGAAACAAGACCUGCCAAAAGAAUUACAAUUACUGAAAGCAAUAUGAAGUCACGUUAUACAACUGAAUUUCAUGAGCUGGAGAAAAUUGGUUCUGGAGAAUUUGGUUCCGUGUUUAAAUGUGUGAAGAGGCUAGAUGGAUGCAUUUAUGCCAUUAAACGAUCAAAAAAACCAUUGGCUGGCUCUGUUGAUGAGCAGAAUGCUUUGAGAGAAGUGUAUGCUCAUGCUGUGCUUGGACAGCAUCCCCAUGUCGUUCGCUAUUUCUCUGCCUGGGCAGAAGAUGACCAUAUGCUUAUACAGAAUGAAUACUGUAAUGGUGGGAGUUUAGCUGAUGCUAUAAAUGAGAACUACAGAGUCAUGAGCUACUUUACUGAAGUAGAGCUGAAGGAUCUCCUUUUGCAAGUUGGCCGGGGCUUGAGAUACAUACAUUCAAUGUCUUUGGUUCACAUGGAUAUAAAACCUAGUAAUAUUUUUAUAUCUCGAACCUCAAUCCCAAAUGCUGUCUCUGAGGAAGGAGAUGAAGAUGACUGGAUAUCCAACAAAGUUAUGUUUAAAAUAGGUGAUCUUGGGCAUGUAACAAGAAUCUCUAGUCCUCAAGUCGAAGAAGGUGAUAGUCGUUUUCUAGCAAAUGAAGUUUUACAAGAGAACUAUAGCCAUCUACCGAAAGCAGAUAUUUUUGCUCUUGCUCUCACAGUCGUAUGUGCUGCUGGUGCUGAACCCCUUCCCAGAAAUGGAGAGCAAUGGCACGAGAUCCGGCAGGGUCGGUUACCUCGGAUCCCACAAGUGCUUUCCCGGGAGGUGACAGAGUUGCUGAGAGUUAUGAUUCAUCCUGAUCCAGAGAGAAGGCCUUCAGCAAUGGUGCUGGUGAAGCAUUCAGUGUUAUUGUCUGCAUCUAGAAAGAGCGCAGAGCAGUUACGAAUAGAAUUGAAUGCAGAAAAAUUCAAAAAUUCUCUUUUGCAGAAAGAACUCAAGAAAGCCCAAAUGGCAGCCAAAGUUGCAGCUGAGGAACGGGCACUCUUCACAGAUCGGAUGGCCACUAGAUCCACCACCCAGAGUAAUAGAACUUCUCGACUUAUUGGAAAGAAAAUGAACCGCUCUGUCAGCCUUACUAUAUACUGAACUGCUCACAUUCCCCAGCCCUUCCCCACUCAAAGGAAAAAAAAACUGUGACAAGAGGAAGCUAGGUUGAAAUCACUGCUAGAGUCCACUUUGUGAUUACUUGCCCAUUGGUAUCAGUAGUUUUCCUAAAACGCCUUCUGUGAGUUGUGAAUUACAGUUGAGAGCUGUAUUCUGACUUGGCUCUGUCAGGCUUUUGUCUCAUCUUCCCGUCUGUUUCAUGUAGGAUGUUGGUCACUGUGGGAUGUUCCAGUGCCCUUUGCGGAGUGCACCACUGUGGUGGUGUGCUGCUUUUCAUUCACUAUUGCAGUGUGGUGAAAGGUGUCUUUCCUUGUUAUGACCUGUAGAAAGGACUCAAGGGCUUUACUGCGAACAUCCUCUCCCUUCAAAAAGGGAAAUGCUCAGAGACUCAGUACUACUCAGCCUCCAAUAUACCUGUGUCAAUCUUACCUUUCUUUUUUUCUAUGUGAAUUAUACUUGUAUAUCCAACUGGGAGCACUUUAGGCAUCAUGUCCGCCAUGGGAUGGUCAUUCUGUGGAAGCCUUGCCUUGUGAAUUUGCUGCUAUUUUAGUUUCCUCUUGCUGUAAAACUAGCAUUAAACAAUCAUUGUUGUUAAUAGGCUUUCUUUCAAAACAAUUAUGUGAAAUAUAUAGCUGCUCUUCAUGAAAAGCAGCUUCGCAUCUUUUUCUUUGGACUUUGAAGCUAGUGCAUUGAAAAAGUGCACCUACCCCUCCCUGUUUGAAUGCUGUAUUAAUGUAGUAUAAUUAUUACUGGUUUUGUAAAUUUUUCUUAUAAUGUCCUCUGACUUUAAAACAUGUUUCCUUCCUCCUAUCAAGUCUUGUACUUGGUUGUAUGGUUAGCCUAUUUUUAAAUGUUUUGCCCAGUUUCUCUUCAAUAUUUGUGUAUAUAAACUGAUCUUGGUAAUACUGUACAUAGCUGUUUAAAAUACCAGAAUGACUUCUGACUAUUCCAAGUUUUCCGCAAAAUACAUUUUACCUGUGAAUAGCUAUUUGACUAACAAUGUUUGGCUAGUAGAUACUGCCCUCCAAAAGGGCAAAAGGGGGGAAACGUCUCGCUUGUUUUCCUAUUAACUUUGGUCUGAAACACAUUUGCACUUGUCUGUUGACUUCUGUCUUAUUAACAUUGUCUGGUGUAUUAAAAGUCAUUCUGUGCUUACCUUA